AUGGGAAGGGUGAAGGUGAAGCUUGCAUGGAUCGAGAAGGCAGCCGCAAGGAACGCAACAUACAAGAAAAGGAAGAAUGGUCUCUUGAAGAAGGUGAAAGAUCUAAGCACACUGUGUGAUGUAAAAGCUUGUGCAAUUAUUUAUCCUUGCCGUGGUACGGUGCUGGAAGUCUGGUCAUUAACACUAAACCCGAUAGAUGUUUUGGUCCCGUUCAUGCAAGAACCGGAGCUGGGGAGAAGAAAGAAAAUGUGUCUUGAUGCGAAAGAUCUCAGCAGGCUUGAUCUUGAAACAAUGUCACACUUAAGUUGGUUGGUGGAUAACAAGUUGAAGUUGGUGAAAGAGAAGGUGGCGAAGAAGAAGGCUGAAAUAGCUGCCAAUGGAGAAGGAUCAUCGACCACAAGUGCAGCUAGAAUGCAUGGUUGGUGCUUGGGUUUCAAUGAGCAGGGUGUUAUUAUAGGGGAGCAGUCUGACCAACCUUCUUGUGGGAAUGUUAAUCCUGAUGAUGGUGAUGAUGAUAACAUUGCAUGGUUUGAUGGGAUUUUCCUUGAUUAG